AUUCCAUAGGUGGCUCGUUUCCAGCUUCCUCUCACCGAUGCCACCACAAGCAGAAGCACUGUCUCCCCAUCCCGCAGUGUGCAGCUCUGUCCAUCAGCCCUCUGCUUUUCCAUCCCCACACAAAGGGAUCCCAGAUCAUCAUGGACACGACGCAGAAGGCAGUGAAGCGCCAGGCUAGCUUCUGCAAUGCCAUUACCUUCAGCAACAGGCCCAUCGUUAUCUAUGAACAAGUCAGGCUUAAGAUCACUAAAAAGCAGUGUUGCUGGAGUGGGGCUCUCCGACUUGGGUUUACUUCCAAGGAUCCAUCCAGGAUUAAUCCUGACACCCUGCCGAAGUACGCAUGCCCCGACUUGGUUUCCCAAAGUGGCUUCUGGGCCAAGGCUCUGCCAGAAGAGUUUGCGAACGAAGGAAACAUCAUAGCGUUCUGGGUGGACAAGAAGGGACGGGUUUUCUAUCGGGUGAACGACUCUGCCGCGAUGCUCUUCUUCAGCGGGGUGAGGACUGCAGAACCCCUCUGGGCUCUGAUUGACGUCUAUGGACUCACUCGUGGCGUGCAGCUCUUAGAUAGUGAAAUCAUCCCUCCCGACUGCCUGCGGCCCCGCUCCUUCACUGCCAUCCGCCGGCCCUCGCUGCGCCGCGACACGGAGGACACGCGCCUCUCCGUCAGCCUCUGCGACCUCAACCUGCAGGAGGAGACCUUCCACGUGACGGCCACCACGUGCCCCAUCCCGCAGAACUCCCUCAACUCCCAGCACUCUCACCUGCUCCCCUCGCAGCUCGAGAGCGACCUCCGCUUCCACCAGCUCAGGGGAGCCCACGUGAAAAUCCUGGACGACCAAACCGUGGCCCGGCUGGAGCACGCCCGCGAGGAGAGGACUUUGGUUUUCACCAGCAGACCCCUCAGAAUCAACGAGACCAUUUUCGUCAAGAUCAACAAGUCCAACGCGGCGCGCACCGGGACGCUGUCCUACGGGGUGACGUCCUGCGACCCCAGCACCCUGCGGCCCAGCGACCUGCCCUAUAACCCCGAGUCUCUGGUCGACCGAAAGGAGUUCUGGGCUGUCUGCCGCGUCCUGGUUCCCCUGCAGAGCGGAGACAUCUUGGGGUUUAUGGUGAAUUCGGAGGGCGAGCUGCACUUGAGCCACAACGGCGCCAGCACGGGCAUGCAGGUCUGCGUGGACUGCUCCCAGCCCCUGUGGAUGUUCUUUGGUUUACACGGCGCCGUCAUGCAGAUUCGCGUGCUAGGUUCCACCAUCUUAGCCGAACGGCUGGGGAUUUCCACGCCGAGCUCACCCACAUCAACACCAAAUUCGCCCACCGUGCUCUGCAGUGGCAUCUCGGACCCCAUAUUGUCCACAUGUGGCUCUGGCCCCCUCUGCAGCUCCAUGAGCGGCACGGCGCCCAACUCUCCGGUCAGCUUGCCCGAGUCACCCAUCUCCCCAGCUGUCUCGGGGCCCUGGGGAGACGAAUGCACCAUCUGCUAUGAGAACAUGGUGGACACAGUCAUUUACUCCUGUGGACACAUGUGUCUCUGCUACUCGUGCGGGCUGAAGCUCAAGAAGAUGUCCAACGCGUGCUGCCCCAUCUGCAGACGGGCCAUCAAGGACAUCAUCAAAACGUACCGCAGCACUUAGAGCAACAGCCGGUGCUGCUGUGGGACCGGGGCAGCGGCCACAAGGCUGUGACCUAACACAGG